GUCGAUCCCUCCCACCCGCCAAUGCUUGUGAACAGCAAGUACGAGGACCCGAUACGGACGGACUCCAUCCCGGAAGACCAAGAAACGCUAUGGAGAGUCAAGUAUCAACCUAACGGUGAGCGGAGCGAAGUGACGCAGUACAUGUACCUGCGCUUCCGGCGGGGGGGAAACGUCCACGGUGUGGGGUACGAGGAGUCCAGGAAGCUGUGCAAGAUUACGGGCAAGUACAAGUUGAACGCUCGGACGAACCAGACGGCGCUAGCCCUCCAGUGCAAGUUUUCCAACGAGUGCGAUACCGUCUUGUUCCACGGCUGGGGGAACGGUACGGGGCUGGUCGGAAACUGCUACAUCCGAGAGAUCGACCCGUUCUCCGCCUUUUCGGGAAUACCGGGCAUACGGCAGCUCAGCCGCGACAAGUACAAGGGCUCGUUUCUGAUGCUCAAGCAGUCAGGGAUGGGGGGGGCGAAGCUGAGGUCCAUGGUCCACACGAGAAGGGUGCACAAGUGGGCGGGGGCCUGCUUCCCGGACGACUCGGUCCCCAUGCCGCAGUCUCCCAUGCGCUCCCCCGGCGCCACGCCGAGGUCGGGCAUCACCCCCAAGUCUUCCAGGGGGCGGGGGGCAGGAAGAGAAAACGGGUACUCCCCUGUGGAGGGCCAGGGCAGCACGCGCGGCGGCCGCGGGAGGAGGGGAUUCGCCAGGUCGACCGCACGGCCGGGGUCUCCCGCGACGAGCCAAGGCGGCAGCAACAAGUCGGACAGCUUGGGGAAGAAGAUCCGGCGGCUCUUCCACCGAAAGAGGCCAACCCUCGAUAUUCAGCUCCAGGACCGCACUUCCGACUGGAGCACGCGGGGAAGCACUUCGGGCGAGGUUCCACCAUGGGUGCGCCAGGGAACGCCAGGGUCGGAAGAAGCAGAGAUGACGGAAUUGCGGGGGGGUUAUCACGGUGGUCACGCCCGCCGCCGCACCGGCUACGACGACGAUGAUGACGACGGCAACGGCAACGGGGGAAGCAUGUACGGGUACUCCCCCUCGUCGACCAGUAGGCCGUCGACUGCGGGAGGAAAGCGAUCGAAGCCAGUCCAGACCGCGAACUACCUCGACCUCGAAGGGGUAAGAGCAAGUACAACGCCCUGUCUUCUUGGGGGAGGAGCCCUGGGCGAGGAGGUGGAUAGUGCUGUCGAACUGUUCCCUCCAGAAUCGCGCGUUAUCUGA